AUGCCUCGUAAAUCAUCAGUUGCAAAAACGCGAGCCAAGAGAAAAAAUGCGUCCGAUGUGUGGCUCAUUUUCGAGCAGCCACCUGGGAAGCCUCCCGCAAGGUUGCUCUGUCCGAUUCCCAAGUGCAACAUGAGCUUGUCGUACGGAGGAACGACGAGUGCACUGAAAACGCACUGCGAAACGAAGCAUGCCGAAAUUUGGAACAAACUUGGGGAGGAAAAAGAGGAGGUAAGCAAUGUGCUCAACUCUUUUUUUUUCAAUAUUUCGAUAGGGGAGCACACGGCGACCAAAAGUGUAGAAGGGGGCGUGGUUUAAUCUGAGACGCGUUUUCUGAAAAUUGCCGCAUUUUCAGCACUUUUCCGAUAUUUUUGUGUUUGAUAUCGACGAAAGAAGACAUUAAAGAGAGAAAACAUGGAAAUUUUCGUGAAAACGCCGCGUUUGAGACGUUUUUUGCAUAUUUCGCAAUACGCUCUCCGCGGCCAAUCGCCGCCGCAAUUUCGGAAUUUUCAUACCGGCCGAUCUGGAUAGUUUUGAGACGAAGUGAGUGUCGGAAGUGAUUAAGCACGUUAAUACAAGUAUUUUAAGCGUUCAAACGACAAAAAGUAUCGGCGAAUGACUGAAAUUUGCGCAUUUUCAGCAAAAAAACUUAAAAUCGAUUCAAUUGAAUCAUUUCUGAAUGAAACCUGCUCGUUUUAAGCUCAAAAAGUGCGCGAUGAUUAGUUUAACAAGGUUAUGCAAUCACAUCGUCAAAAUAGUACAAAAUUUGGGUUAUUUUUGACGAAAAACAUGAAAAAUGGGGUUAAAUUUCGAAUUUCGCGGCAAAAUGGUGAUAAACCGUGCACGCUAGGCCACGCCCCUUUCUACGUUUUUGGUCGCCGUGGAGCACGAUUAGUGUUACGAGAAAAUGGCUUUCGUGGGUUUAGAAGACAUAUGUUCAGCGUAAGAUCAUUGAACACUUACAGCACGAGACGAGCUCUUCGGAGAAUGCUGCCGCGGCGGAACGUCAUCUCGCAAAGUAAGCUGUUUUUGAGUGAGCAAAAUAAAACGAGAACGAUUUGCAGCUGGUUCGCGACUUCGUUGAUUCCAUUUCGAGCGGUGGCAAACCCGUCCUUUUUGAAGUUUCUUCAAUCCAAGCCAAUCGCGUUCCAAGUUCCUGGGCCAGCCCGACUCAAACAUUUGAUUGACGUACAAGCGGCGGAGCACAUGGAGAAGGUCAAAGUGAAAUUGAACGGAGCCGCGAACUUCACGCUGCUAACCGACGGGUAUUCGAAAUUGCGCAGAGGUCUGCACUUCUACGCGGUGCACGUCGCAUAUGUCGACCACCGUUUCCACCGCCACAUCAAGGUUAACAGCCCCUAUAACGCUCUUAUUGAUAGCCACUCUAUUUCCAGUUCAUUAGCCUAGAAACCGUUGAUUCCGGUUCUACGGAGGCCAUCGGUGCAGCAGUCACUAAUGUUCUCGAAAAAAUUGGUUUAAGGAUGUCGGAUUGCUCAAUGAUCACGGCGGAUGGCGCCAGUCCGCUCGUUAAACUGGCUGACGUUCACGGCACAGAUAAGUACGUUUGUGAUUCAAAAGAGAUGUAAACAGAAGCACUUUUCGCAGACAUCACUGUUCGUGUCACAUGCUCAAUCUCAUCAUUGCCGAAUUCGCCAAACUUGCGCAAGUGAGGAAGUACUACGAACCCGCCCAGGGACUGGCCACUCAUCUCGCAAAGAAUCGGGAGCACAAGCGAUGCCUGCAGCAGUAGGAAUUCCGUACAAGACUGGACUUAGCGAAAAUUUUUUUACAGAAUUGCCGUUGGAAUGAACAUCACAGCUGCUCUACCUCUUCCGCUUCCGGCGACCAGAUGGGCGGCGCUUCACAUCACCUUGAAGAGCUAUGUGGACAUUUACGACGCGCUUAAAAACGUGGCCCCGCUCAAGCUGUUCCUCAUCCAAUCGAACAAGAUGGACACCAUGCGAGAAAUUGUGGAUCUGCUCGAGCCAAUUCACGACGCAAUCCUUCUGGUACGGCGACUGGACUUAUGCAACUCUAUUACUUUUUUGCAGCUGGAACGUGAUUCUUCAUUUAUUUCCGAAACAAUUCCCAAUAUUGUUUGGAUCCUCCACAAAACACGUUCCGUCGAUUCGGGCCUUGCAAGACAGUUGGCUAAGUGCAUUGAGAAGAGAUUCGAACAAGCUCGUUCAACGAAGCGCUUGUACUGCUCCAUGCUUCUCGAUCACCGUUACGCUUACGUGGCGAAAUGGGUGGAGCCCUAUUCGUGGACCGAUGUGGAGACGUGGCUGGAGAAGUACGACCGCGAAGACGAUGGAGCUGCGUCCGAUGAGGGAGACGAAAAUGCAAUACAACCCGAAGAUUUUGAUACAUUCGCAUCGCAGCAGAGCGGCGCGAAAAUGGAUAGAGCGCACGGUUUGCGGGUGAGUGAAGAAUUAGAUGUAGUUACUGACGUGCACUUACUAAUUUGAGGCCGAACUGGCCAGAUACAAGGCUCAUCUCUCCACAAACCGGCCUUCACGCGAAACGAACGUCCUCCGCUUCUGGAGAAGCCAAAUCGACAACUACUCCAAGCUGCCGGUCAUCGCCGCGGAGCUCCUGGCCAGCCCGGCAUCGUCUUCUUGCUCCGAACGCACAUUCAGGUAGCAAUUCAGGCAUUACUGCAGUUAAUCAAUAAUGUGGUCUUUGCAGCAGAUGCACCGACUUCAUUCGUCAAACAAAGCGCAACAGAGCGACUUUGGACACCAUGAACGCAACGCUGACAGUCACCGAAAACUGCAAAAAGGAGUACGUUUAUACUCUACCCCCCCAGUUACGUCCGAUGAAACUUUUUCAGGGAAAACGACGCGAAAACUGAGGAGUUGAUGGAAAGUGAUGAAGGAGAAGAAGAAGAGUUUUGCGAGGAAGACAUGCUCAGUCGUAUGGUUCGCAUGGAAAGCGAAAACUCGCCGGAAGAUAUGGCCGAAGAAGAGCUCAUUCCGGACGCGGAUUUGGAACACGACAGCGAAGACAUCAUGGACGACGCUGACGUCCAGGAGGAAUAA